ACAGGGCUGACUUGGCAGGAAAUGCUAAUGGCCAGGAUGAAGGUUAGCAUAGCCACUUUCAGCCUUACAGGUUAGCAGUCUAGAUGUCGAUAUUUCACGACUGAGAAGCUAAAACAGAGACGCGUGUGGUUGUUGCCAACGCGGCUGACGGCCGUGUUCGUUCGCAGUCGUCGUCCCGUCCAGACUGGAUGGAACCGUUUUCGUCUGCGCUGGCGCAACGCUCGUACGUCUCGUAGCAGCAACCAGAGAGAGAUAGUAGCUAAGGUCCUGUCGCAUCAACAUGGAGACUUGCUUCUCCCCGCAACUUCGUCCUAGCAGUAUGUAUCGCCAUACCGCUUUGCACCACGCGUCAUGUGGGAAGCUUUCGCUUCCCCGUGGCCACGUAGGCAGGCCUUUAGUACCACCACACAUCCCACUCACCCAUUCGUUCCAGCCUCGCUCACGGGUAGCCCUCCAUGUCUCCGCCGCCGCUGCCGCCAGCACCCCGGAUCCCGCGGGCUCUACGCCGCUGAACGCGGGGGCUCGCAUCGCGCCUCGCCGGGGAGGCGAAGCCGGUUCGGCCUGUCAGAACCUAAUUCGGCAGCAGCACAAGCGAGCUCUGCGCAGCGAGGCGCAUGCCGUGGCUGCGCCUGACCAGUAUGGCGUGGCGGAUUCGCUGGGCGACGAUUGCUCGUCGUGCUCGGCGAUUCGCUUCGACGAGGACGCAGACGGCGACGUGCUCCAAUGCUUCCCGGAUUUCGUCCUCGACCCGUCGGAGAGCGACGGGUCAGCCCGGCUGUUCCGGAAGAGCUUCUCCCUGCACGAUGCUCCUUCCACGAACCGUUAUUUCUCCGGAGACGCAGAUAGCACCGAAGGGUACGCCUCGAUGCCCGAGUCGUCGUCGCCGUCGUCGGCGGCCGCGACGCGCUUCUCGUCGCUGUCGUCCUCCGAGGCCGCAAGGCCCUCCUAUUCGUCGAUGUCCCCACGGGACGCCAUGCCGCUGCACCCGUCGCCAGCAUCACCGGUGACCGACACCAGCCUCGUGCAGCCCCCCUCCUCCUCCUCCGCCUCGUCCUCCCCGUAUGCCCCAGCGCAGCCGCAGGCGCAUCCGCCUGCGCGCGUGGACGAGCUGAAGCAGGGCGCCAUCCGCGCGAUUAUCCGCGCGGAGGAGAACUACCGCCAGGCGUUCCACGCGCUGCAGGAGGCGCAGGCGCGCCUGGAGAGCACGCGCCUGAUGGCCGCGGAGAUUAACACCAUGCCAUCGCUGCCGCCGUCGCCGCGCUCGUCGCCCAGCCACUCGCCGCCCGCGUCGCCGAUGCGGUCGCCGAUGCGGUCGCCGUCGCUGUCGCGGUCGCCGAGUGCGACGCUGCUUGAGACAGUCGAUGCGACGCUGCUAGACGUUGAUGCGCGCGUGCACGUGCACGCGCACGCGAAUGGGCCUGGCGCAGACAGCGCGGGGUUUGAGGCCGGUCUGGUGAUUUCCGCGGAGCGAGCGGCGGAGGGAGCGGCGGAGCCGGAGGAGGUGGUGGCCAUGAUGGACUCGUUGGCGGCGCAGCGGGAGCGGUCGCGCGAGUCGCUGCGGCUGGCAGAGCAGGUGCUGCGCGACCGGCUCGGUGAAGCGCACGUGCAGAGCCAGGUGAUCGACCACCACAUAGAGAUGAUGGACUGCGGCGGCCAGUACCACGUCGCGCACUGGCUCGUCGACAAGGUGCAGGAAAUCGCCUCCGCCUCCUCGCCGGCCGCCUGGACUACCGCCAACGCCGCGCGAAACGGCCCCACCGGCGCACCAGUCGGCGCCGGCGCCGGGGACGGCAACGCAGAAGGGGCGGCGCCGCCGCUCCUCGCCGUGCCGGUGAACCUGGACCUGGCGGCGCAGGGGUACGACGACCACGCGGUGCGGUUCCUGCAGCACCUGCCGUACGGUCGGGUGCUCAAGAUCCGCACGAUCGCGUCCGACCCUCCCCACGCGCUGCUGCCGCCGCCAGACGCGCUCGACGCGGUCAACAGCGGCCCUUUGAGCUCUGCAGCUGGGAGCGCUGCCACGAGGGGCUCUGCAGGUCUGGCUUCUGACCCGCUCAUAGACCCCUCCAUGCCUGAGGGAUUCGUGCGUGCUAGCGGGGAGACGGUCGCUGGGGCAGGGGGUUCGUCCUUCACGUCUGCGUCUGCUUCUGCGUUGUCAGCAGCGAGCGAGCAGCAGGACGAGCAACUGGGAGCAACGGAAGCCAUGCCUGUGCAAGCAACACGAGCGGGACCGUCGCUGAGUGCGAGGCAAGCCGGUCAGCGGCUGCCGUCUAUGCCGCCGUGGGCCAAUCUCCUCCCAGGAACUGUUGGCUGGUCCCCGCUCGGACUCCUCCCCGCCCCUCCUUCCUCCCCCGCCGCUGUUGACGCGCGCAAACCCCGCGAGGCCAGGAGCAGGCGGGCGCGGGUCUCCAAGCGCACUGCGCCUGCUGCGCCGCCCGCGGAUGCGGCGGACGGCGGAGAGGCCUCCGCGGAGCCCGUGUGGCUGUCCCCGGCUAGCUUCGAGCUGGCGGAAGCAGCGGCUGCGGCGCUGAGCCAGGCAGGCGCGGGGCUGGCGGAGGGGGCAGACGCGGAGGAGCAGUGGAAGCGGUGGAGGGAGUGGAAGCAGUGGGACCCGCUGGACCUGGCGUCAUCAACGUCGUCGGCGUUCGUGAAGGAGUUCGGCGACGACGACGACGACGCGUACGACGCGCGGCUGGUGAACAUGGCGAUGGCGGCGGCGGCGGACCGGGGGCAGGAGGAGAGGGAGCGGCAGGCGUGGAUGCGCAUGGAGCUGCUGCUCGUGGGCUGCGCCGCGCUCUACAUGGCGUGGCACUGCGACGCCGUCUCCCUCGCGAAAGACGUCUACGUGCUCGCGCUCGGGUCCGGGUUCGCGUUCCUGGCGGCGCAGUUCGUGGGUCUGCUGCCGCAGCGGUACCGGCAGCAGCUGGGGGUGGCGGGGCUGGAGGGGGGGCUUGAGGGGAUGCAGGGGAUCCGGUGCCCGCUGCUGGUGCACAUGGCUGCCACGAGUGCGGGGCUGGGCGCGUCUGCUGACACGCUGCUUGCUGCUGGCAGUGCGGCGGCGUCAUCUGCGGGGGGGGGGCCUGCGGGGGAGGUGUGGAGGGAGGCAGGGGAAGGGUUGUUGCAGGAGGAGGGUCAGCAGCAGCAGCUGGAUGCCAAGCGCCAUCGAACGUGGGAAGCGGCCAUAGAGGUCAUCGGGCUGGUGUCGGCCCUGCUCGCGCUCUCAACCGUGCUGGCGCUCCUCAUAAAGUCCUCCCACCUCCUGCUCUCCUUCCUCACCUCGUCCCUCUCGCACGGCGUGGCACGCGGCGUGCAAGUGCUGCUCACAUGGCUCUCUGCCUCGCACCUCUCUGCGCUCACAGCAUGGUCGGCUGCGGGCUGGAUGUCUGCUGCUACGACUGCAGCGCUUCCUUCCAGCAUCAUUGGUACCGAUCUCACGCUGCGAGGGGCGUUUCUGCCCCUGUCGCUCUCACUGACCUCGGCGGUUGCUCUUACUCUGCUGCUGCUAUUCCGCCCGCCUAAUGGCGGGUCCUCCUCGCAACGUGCUUGAGAGCAUGCCCCCUCGCUGCUGCUGCCACGUCUCUGGUGCCUGCUGCUGGCAAACCUCUUACUGCUGCUGCUGCACUCCUUGCUGCUGCUGCUGCUGCCGCUGCUGUUGCGUCGUGUGUUUUUGCCAGCGUGUUCAUGUAAUUUAUGCAUGACCAUGCCUCCCUGACUGCAUGAUGGAAGCACGAUUGUGAUUGUAUACGUCUGCCUGCAUGCAUAUGGUAAGUGCUCUGCAGGGUAACCCAAUACAAAGGCCUGCCCCGAAUUGGGGAAGGCUUUGUACCUUCAUAUUGGGAAGGGAACAACGUGUGCUGUGUGUGCAUUUCUUUGCUUUGGCUAUGUGUGUGUAUUCUAGCCAUGCUUCAUGCCACUGUUUGCCCCGAAACUGGUUAGCAUCUUCAUACUGAUAUGUACAACCAGUACUGCCUAUUCUUAUCCAUUGAAGUUGC